CCUUCCUCAUUCUGAUGACCUGGUUCCUGUUUGAUCCUGUUUACCAGCUUCCGAAGAUUGAAAAUAACCCCAACUCCUCUGCACUGGUGUUGCAAGCAGAAGGAAACGGCGAGAAGUUGAGGAUUUAAGCUGGGAGACUUGGCAGGAUGUCUUCCAAGCGACCAGCCUCUCCGUAUGGGGAAGCAGAUGGAGAGGUAGCCAUGGUGACAAGCAGACAGAAAGUGGGAGAAGAGGAGAGUGACGGGCUCCCAGCCUUUCACCUUCCCUUGCAUGUGAGUUUUCCCAACAAGCCUCACUCUGAGGAAUUUCAGCCAGUUUCUCUGCUGACGCAAGAGAACUGUGGCCAUAGGACUCCCACUUCUCAGCACAACACAAUGGAAGUUGAUGGCAAUAAAGUGAUGUCUUCAUUUGCCCCGCACAACUCAUCUACCUCACCCCUGAAGGCAGAAGAAGGUGGGCGUCAGAGUGGAGAAUCAUUGUCCAGCACAGCCCUGGGAACCCCUGAGAGGCGCAAGGGGAGCUUAGCGGAUGUUGUAGACACCCUUAAGCAAAGGAAAAUGGAAGAGCUCAUCAAAAAUGAGCCAGAAGAAACUCCCAGUAUUGAAAAGCUACUAUCAAAGGACUGGAAAGACAAACUUCUUGCCAUGGGAUCAGGGAACUUUGGAGAAAUAAAAGGGACUCCAGAAAGCCUCGCUGAGAAAGAAAGGCAGCUCAUGGGCAUGAUCAAUCAGCUGACCAGCCUGCGGGAGCAGCUGCUGGCAGCUCACGACGAGCAGAAGAAGCUGGCGGCAUCACAGAUCGAGAAGCAGCGCCAGCAAAUGGAGCUGGCCAAGCAGCAGCAAGAGCAGAUUGCAAGACAACAGCAGCAGCUCCUGCAGCAACAACACAAAAUUAACCUUCUUCAGCAACAGAUCCAGGUCAGAGAUUCCGUCUCCACCCAUGUCCCUAUUACCUCUUUUCUCUCCUUUUCCUUUUCCAUUCCCCUGCCCCCUCCUCACUUUUGUCUGUUAUUGUCAUAG